GCGCUUGCGGGCGAGCCCUUCACGCACGAGGAGCUUUGUCAUCCCGGCCCGGAUGGCGCUCCCCUUGCGCUCUCUAUAUUCCGCCCACCGCAGGAGGAGGAUGACGCCGCUUCCGAGGUUAUAGCCGGUCGGCCAUGCAUUGUUUGGACUCACGGGGGCGGAAUGCUAUUGCGAAAUCGCUUCAUAGGCCUCAAGGUUCCCCUCGCAUGGGCGAAGGCGUGCGGCGCUGUCGUCGUCAGCGUGGAGUAUCGCGUUGCGCCAGAACACCUGGCUCCAGCGGCCGUGGAAGACUGCUAUGCUGCGCUAUGUUGGAUAUACGACGCCGAUAACGCGGAGAAGCUUGGGGUCGAUCAAAAGAAACUUCUUCUUAGCGGUGUGAGUGCGCCACCGGGAUAUGGCAAGCCGGCGGUAGCGCAACGCUGCACGUGUGGGAAGGCAUUCACGCGUUCGAAGUCUUGGCACCUACCGCGACCCUGUCGAUGUUAUCGAUCACGACCGGCGGCGCGUGGGUAA